GGACAUCAGUAUAUAAGACGAGAUCCACUCCGAACCGGUGAAUAGUUGCAAUUUUCUAGCACUAGUGAUUUCAGUAUAUUUUUCUCUCACCUUUUUUAAAGUGAAGAAAUUUGAAUAAAAAGCCAAUUAUGACUACUAGAAUUAUUAUCUGCGCUAUUAUUCUGGUGUCAUCCUGUUUAGGUGAGAAUGCACCGUCUUCUGGUAAAUCAGCAGCUCCCCCAGCGAGUCAACAAAUGAGUCGAACAUGUAUGGGGUGUAUAUGUGAGGCAGCUUCUGGCUGUGACAUGAGCUCAGGAUGCUCUGGGGAUGUCUGCGGCCCUUUUCGUAUAACCCUGGCUUACUGGCUUGACUCUGGCAAACCCACCCUCAAUGAAGAGUCCACCAGUGCACCUGGAGCUUGGACUCGAUGUGUCAACGAUCCAUUCUGCGGUGCUAAAGCUGUUCAAGGCUACAUGAACCAAUACGCCCAAGAUUGCAACAGCGAUGGGGUGAUAAAUUGCGAUGACUUUGUCCGCAUCCAUCGUUUCGGAGGAUACGGAUGCUCAGGCCAGCUGGAUCCCAAAUACGAGAGCAAAUAUAUUACUUGCAUAAAAAAAUUUGGAUAUUAAAAUUCUUAGUUUGAUGCAUAUUUGUUAAAAUAUUCCGCCUUUUAGAAGAAUUUAUGAGAUACUUUUUUGAAGAAUGAGAGAAAUCCGUUAAGUGUGGGUAUGAGUAGAACCUGAUUGCGUUCAUGGAUCCGGUUUGAUGGAAAUGUGUUGACGUCUACUGUUGUUUUUGCAUAAGAUAUAAAUCUUAUUUUGAUAAGAAUAAAUGUGAAAUCAAUGGUCAAUUUAAUAAACUGCAUUUCAGAGCAGAAUGCGAUUUAAAAUAAAAAAUAGAAUAUAAUAUA